CAACUGAAACUGGCGUAAUUCACAUGAAAGAAAUAAAAUAAAAAACAAUCUAUACAUAAAAAAAAAAUUAUCUGUUCUAAUUCCAUGCGCUUGCCGGGUUGAGUUAUACUAUAACCUUAAUAAAUUUAUUUAGAUGGAAUGAGUUGCGAUAAUCCGACGCAGUGAUUGAGAACAAGUAUAUCGAGAUAAGUCAGUUAAUAUGGCUUCGCUUUUGGAAUUGAGUAUCGGCAUUCUGUGUGUCAUCUUGGUUGCAAAUGCGGUUGAUAGGACGAAUUUUAAAACAUGCGACCAGUCGAGUUUUUGCAGACGGUGUCGUGGUGUACAACCUGGUAAAACACCUUACGAGCUAUUGCCGGACACGAUAGAUAAAAAUGAUUCAAUUUUGUACGGAGUAUUAUUCAAUAAAGAUACCGGAAAGUCAUAUAUAUUGCAAUUAACAGCACUUGAAGAUAAUACAUUUAGGCUUUUUAUAAAUGAAAGAGAACCUCUGAAGCCUCGGUACCAGGUAGAGCAUGCUCUGCAAGGAGCUCCGAGACACGCAGAGUUGGAAUUAGUUGAGAAGACAACCGAGCAUGUGACUGUUAAAAGUGCUGGGAAUAAAGUUAUUAUCUACUUCAGUCCAUUCAAAGUUGAUCUGUACUCCAAUGACCAGCUUGUAAUUUCAACAAAUGCACGUGGUCUCAUGAGAUUCGAGCACUUGAGAACCAAAUCAUCUUCCCAGCCAGCAGAUAGUGAAGCCGAAGAAGUAACAGAGCCACCGCAGUAUCCUGGUGAUGGUGCCGAAAAUGACCCCGGAGCGUGGGAAGAAAACUUCAAAUCUUUCCAUGACUCAAAACCACGUGGACCAGAAGCUAUUGCUUUAGAUUUUAGUUUUCCUGAUGCUGAGCAUGCCUACGGUAUUCCUCAACAUGCCGACGCGUUCGCUUUAAAAACAACCAAAGGCAUCGACCCCUAUAGAUUGUACAAUUUAGAUGUUUUUGAGUACGAAGUUAACGAACGUAUGGCACUUUAUGGAGCUAUUCCUGUGCUGUAUGCCCACGGCAAGGCACGUACGUCAGGUGUAUUCUGGCACAAUGCCGCUGAAACAUGGGUCGAUGUUCAAUCGAGUGCCGACAGCAAUGUAUUUGACAGUAUCGUAAAUUUAGUGCCUGGUAAUACUAAAAAAGUUAGUGUAGAUACUCAUUUUAUGUCUGAGUCUGGUGUUAUCGAUGUAUUUUUCUUACUGGGACCAAAUCCAUUGGACGCAUUCCGCCAGUACACUCUUUUGACUGGAACCACUCCAUUACCCCAAAUGUUUAGCUUGGGAUACCAUCAGUCACGUUGGAACUACAACGACCAAGACGAAGUCGCUCAAAUAGCCGAGCAGUUUGACGCCAAUGACAUUCCCAUGGACGUAAUGUGGCUGGACAUUGAGUACACCGACAAUAAAAAAUACUUUACUUGGGAUCCAAACAAGUUUUCGAACCCGUUGAAAAUGAUUCAAGACCUCACAAGCAAACACAGAAAAUUAGUUGUCAUUAUUGACCCGCACAUAAAACGUGACAGCAGCUACUUUGUUCACAGAGACGCUGAGAAUAAUGGAUACUACGUUAAAACCGCAGAUGGCAAAGAUUACGAAGGUUGGUGUUGGCCGGGGUCAUCAUCAUACCUGGACUUCUUCAACCCAAUAGUCAGAGACUACUUCAGACAGCAAUACGACCUUGACAAAUUCCAGGGUACUACAAACGACGUUUACAUUUGGAACGACAUGAAUGAACCUAGUGUAUUCAAUGGUCCUGAAGUAACGAUGCCUAAAGAUCUGAUGCACUAUGGAAAUUGGGAGCAUCGUGAUGUACACAAUAUCAACGGUCUGAUGUUUACUCUUGUGACUUACGAAGCCUUGUACAAACGUUCCGGUGGUACAUUGAGACCUUUCGUGUUAACAAGAUCCCACUUUGCUGGAUCGCAACGUUUUGCUGCCGUCUGGACUGGAGACAAUACCGCCGAGUGGCAGCAUCUACGUAUAAGUUAUCCAAUGUGCCUAUCAACAGCUGUCGCUGGAAUGUCAUUCUGUGGUGCAGAUGUCGGCGGAUUUUUCAAAAAUCCAGACUCGGAAUUAUUCAUAAGAUGGAAUCAAGCUGGCGCUUGGUUGCCGUUCUUCCGUCAGCACUCUCACAUCGAAACAAAACGACGCGAGCCUUGGACAUUUAAUAACGAGACAACUAAAAUAGUACGUGACGCCAUUCGUAUGAGAUAUUCAUAUUUGCCAUUGUGGUACACACUAUUUAGAGAACAUGAAGUAACUGGUAGUCCAGUAAUAAGACCAAUGUGGGCACACUAUCCCUCAGAAGUAAAGACAUUUUCAAUUGACGACCAAUUACUUGUUGGAGAUUCUAUUCUCGUACAUCCUGUUUUCGAGCCAUCUGUCACGGAAGUCAAUGUUUACUUCCCGGGUGAGGGUAAAGAUGACUGGUACGACGUUGAAACUAUGGAGAAUUACUCAACUCCAGGCAACGUCCGUGUGCCGGUGACUCUUCACAAUAUCCCGGUGUUCCAACGAAGUGGUUCCAUCGUCCCACGCAAAAUGCGGUUACGUCGCAGCACAGUUGCCAUGAAAAAUGAUCCCUACACUUUAUUCGUUAUCGCCGACAAAUCAGGAUCUGCCUCAGGAACUCUUUACAUCGAUGACGAGUCCAGCUUUGAGUACCGGCAUGGAAAAUACGUUUAUCUUAAACUGUCAUUCGAUGGAAAGACACUUUCAUCUAAACACAUUGAUAAAUUAGCAAACUUUUCAACAGCUAGCUGGUUAGAACGAGUAGAUAUCGCUAACCCUCCCCAGGGUGUUAAAUCAGCAAAUCUUAUUUCUGAAAGUACAAGGAAUGGCAGCUUGGAAUUAAAUUACAACUCAAACAAUAAUGUUUUAAUAAUACGCAAGCCCGGUGUAAAUAUGGGGGAAGAGUGGUCAAUUGAAUUGAUACGUUAACACUGUGUUAAAUAAAUUCAAACAGUUAAAUAUUUAACACACACGCUACUAGUGGCAAUAUCACAUGUAGUUAAUAUUGUUUUAGAUAAUGUAAUCAAAAAAAAAAAAAAUGAAAUUUAAAUAUCACUAGAUUCGAAAGAUAGCAUAAAUAUUUCCAUAUACAAGAUACCUUUUUUGUCAUUCUAUAUUAAUUUUUAAUUUUUUUACACUGUGAAUACUUUAAAACUAUGCAUUAUGUAAUUAAUUAUAAGUAUAAAAAUCAUUUAUUAAAUAUAUAUAUA